UCAACAAAUUCAUCAGCGAAAGCGUUGGUCAACGAUCGCCACCCCCAAUCAAGCCACCCUCUCCUCUUCGAUACCGUAGUCCAGAGCAACGACGCUUCCUUGAAGAUAAACCGGAACUGAAACCGAUCUCUCCGUUGGAGCCCAUUGACGAAACUCCCUUUGGUCCCUCGCCACGACGAUCACGGAAUUGGAGCCAAGUGACUAAUCAGGCACCCGCGGUAGCCCGCUCCACGGCAAUGCCAACCCUGAACCAAGAGGACGAUGAGGAUGUCGACGAUACAGAUCCCUUUUUUCCGACUACACCACAGCCGAAAGUCCAUGCGUUACCUCGGGCGGGACUCGGCCCCUCCCCCCUCUCGAGUAGGACCAACCUCACCAUCCACUCCACUUCACAUUCCAAUUCCUCGCUUGCCUCAUUUACUCCAAUCUCUACAAGCGAAAUUAGUCGCGCACGAAAUGCACCUGUUAUGAACAAGGCCGGUACCUUGACGCCCAACCAUCUGCAAUCCCCCGAAGGAUUGAAACAAAGCUCUGGUCCCGCUUCCAUAUACAGCACACGAUCAGCAUCUAUACGUAGCAACGAUGAUGCCUCGGUUGAGAGCUUUGAUUCGGCAGAGUAUGGACCUAGCCCUCGGCAACGCGAGCUGGUUCGUCGAAACGAUUCAAAGAGCCCGCCAUCGGCCUCACGAAGCAAGCAAAUACCUGCUAUGAACGCACCAGCUCCCUCUUGGCCUCCACACCCCUUGCCCCUUGCAGAACCCACGAAGCAAUCUAGCUCCAAGAGCCGAAGUGCCAAAGACUCGAAGCGAAAUCAAGACAAAUUCGAGUACGAAACUUGGCUAGAUUUGAGUGGAGAUGAAAAGAAAUCCAAGCAUUCUGCAAACAGGGACGGCUCCUCAAAGAAGCGGCUCUGGCCAUUUGGAAAAUGA